AUGCUUACCGCAUACCAACUGCUUACGACUGCUUGUUACGGACCAAUUGGAUCGGCUCUGGCACACAAAUACGGGAAACGGCCACAGUUUAUCUUUGCUUCUGUCAUGGGAUUUGCUGGAACACUUAUCUGCUGCACCACAACCGACAACUAUGGUAUUCUAUUGGCAGGACGGAUUAUCCAGGGCUUCGGCUCAGCGGUAUUUGAGAGUUUGACUGUUGCAGUCAUGGGGGAUAUGUGUGUUGAUCUAAACUCCUGCCUAUUCCUUGCGCCGCUGACUGGGAAAACUCAAAUCUCGAUCCUCGGUGGCGCGAUAGCUGAGUCUCUAGGCUGGAGAUAUGUGUUCAUCAUUCAUCUUCCCUUUACCGUUGUUGGAUUGUUAUCAGUUGUAUUCUUUCUUCCAGAGACUCAAUGGAAGGGUACCCGACCGGACAUUCUUUCCCGUGAGGCCGCAGCUCAGACGGAGGACAAAGAGAUGACAAAAAUCAGUCACGGACAUGAGGAAAAUUUCACAGAAUCAUCUUUGACGGAAGAUUCGUUGACGGAAUCGAAGAAGACAUUUGUGCAAGAACUUGCAAUCUUCAGUGGAACGCACACAGAAACCAACCUGUUACGACUUGUUUUCGCUCCAUUUGCCGUGAUUAUCAACCCUGCAGUGAUCUGGGCAAUUGCUGUGGGUGGUGCAUGCAUUGGGUUCUAUGUGGCUGUCUCCUACAUCCUCGCCCAAAUAUGGACACCCCCUCCCUACAAUCUGAAUGCCAGUCAAAAUGGUACUUUCUAUGUUGGUGCAUUGAUCGGAGGCAUGAUUAGCAGCGUGGCCGGGCCAUGGCUAGGUGAUGCGAUCGUUAAGAAGCUAACAACGUGGAACAAAGGAACAUAUGAGCCUGAAUUCCGGAUUCCAAUGAUGCUGCUUUCUGCUGUGUUCUGUGGCAUCGGAUGGUUUGUCUUCAUGUGGGAUCUUGACAACCCAACGCCGAAUGGUUACUAUCUGGGUGCAUUCUGCCAUGGUUGUUUGUGCUGUGGUACUACCAUAGGCAUGACAUUUGCCAACCUUUAUAUACUUGACGCCUUCCGGGAAAAUUCCACAGAGAUCUUUAUCCUCUUGAUGACGGGCAAGAACUUCAUUUUCUAUGGUUUCUCCCAGGUUAUAAACACCUGGGCAGAGGAAGAAGGCCCUAGUGAUGUUUUGAAGACUUUCGGAAUUAUCACAAUGUGUCUCAUAGGUACAUCACCGUUGUUGUGCGAUACAGACAUCUUUGGCAAAUUGAACCGCUCUUUCAUGCACAAGACUGGAUUAAUGAGCAUGUUGACAGGGUACAAACACUAG